CUGCUUGCUUGUCGUCGUCUAGUAAAGUAGUAAAUUUUUUCCCCAAACCCUGCUCAAGCACUAUAGCUUGCAGUACUUGUGAAAUCAUAUUACCCAUAGAGCCAUUAGAAAAACAGCCAAAACAGCCGAAAAAAAAGAAACCUCCACCUCCACCAAAAGAAGAUUGUAACGCAGGCCUUAUGAUAGAAGACCGAAAGUCUUAUGAUAGAAGACAUUCCCAGGAUAUGAUACCAAGGAAACCCGCUCGAGUUUGUAAAUUUUUCCCUGCCCCUCGAUACAACACUCGGACACUAGGAGUUGGAGCAUGUAUUAAAGAGGAAAUCAAAUUACCUAGGAAGUCUAGCAAAUCGACGUCUUUUCCACAAAAGACAUUUUUUCGGUCUCUUUCCGUUACAACGGGUACAAGUACAUGUAGUGCCGCCCCAACUCAAAUUAUUAAAUACAUAAAAACUCAUAAGUCUAUAAUGCAUCGCGGCACAGUGCCCCGAAAAUUUAAGGGAGAUAUAUGUUUAAAACAGAGUUCAAAAGACACAGAAAAGUCAAAAAAACCUGCGAAACCAUGUACUGUACCAGGAACGAAACCCGCCACACCUCCGGGAAAGAAACCCUGUUUAACAUCAGGAGCAAAAAUCUCAUCAACGCCAGGGCCGAAACCCUGCACAAAACCAGGAACGAAACCCGGCACAACACCAGGAACUAAACCCGGCACAACACCAGGAACGAAACCCUGUGCAACACAAAAUUUAACACCAUGCGAGAAACAAAGUCACGAACGGGAGCACCUAAAAAAACGUAGUACUGGAUUUAGUACGAAACCCGUUCAGACAAGAUCUAGAAAAGUAAUGUUACAAACCACCUAUCCUGUCAUUAGGUUUCAGCCAAGGUCACAAGUUGUGACAUGUACCCGUGGAGUUAACACGAGAAAACCAGAAUGUUGCUUCGUUACUGGAUACCGUAAGUUUCAACAAAAAAGGAAAUUACGUAAAGCAGCUGAUGACCAGCGUAAAAUCCUGAUAUGUAAGAAAGGUGCUAAAAGCCCUAAAACAUCUCAGUCUUCUCGAAGUUCACCUCGAAGUUCGUCUGGUAGUCCAACACCUGGCUCGUCCAAAAGUGCAUUACAGGCUAAGCAACUAGCGGAACGGAAAAAGCAACUAGCGGAACGGAAAAAGCAACUAGCCAAAGAAAAAGCUAAAGGAAAAAGUAAAGAACAAGCUAAGGCAGCUGCUAAACAAAAAGAAAAACAACGGGCUGAGGCAUUAGCUAAACAAAAAGCUAAACAACGAAGUUCAACAGCCAAAUCGCUUAGCCAAAAAGAAAAAGAGCAGAAGUUAAAGAAAGAGCGAGCUAAGGCGCAGGCUAAACAAAAAGCCAAAGAACGUGCUAAGCAAAAAGCUAAAAAUCGAGCUAAGGCAUUGAAAGGUCGAGGAAAAAAAAGUAAACCACGAAAAAAGAAAGGAAAAAAGAACUUAAAAAAAAACGCUGGUAAAGCUUUUAAGAAACUGGCUUCAUCAGGUUAUGAGGUAAAAUGUGAAGAUAUGAUGGCUUCACCGAAUAGACCGUGUAAAAUAAUUCAUGACAUUUGGCCCUCUGCCUAUCCAGCAUUUAUGGUUUUGUAUAAAAUGUAUAACAGUGUUUGUCACCUUAUAUUCUUUGUACUUGCAUGCUGUAUAUGGAGUCCACUAUUUUGUUGGUGUUUUAUGUUUUAUUUUUUUAUUAUUAAAAGAAUGUUUUGUUAAUAUAAAGUU